AUGAAGCUCAAUCAAUUUUUCAUGUUUGGGGUUGCCUUAGCAAUCCCGCAAUUUCCCUUUGCCUUUGAUGCCAGUUGGGAGCCUCCCUCAGCUCAAGAGGGGGCGGCAGUGGCGAGAACCCUUGUACAAAGGGAGUCUCUCGUCAACAUCAAUACAGUCGACAGUGAUGGAAUUCCCGUGAGUUCAAUGGAGUACUACGCUGAUUGCAACGGUACGGGAAACCCCUAUUGGCUUGUGGUAGACAUCGGUUCCACGUUCCAGAAUAUCAAGCGGGGACUGGCUCUGCUGUGGACGAUAAGAGUAGGUGAUCACCCCGUGGGAGACUCCAAAGUAGAUUCGAGAUAUCCAGGGGGUAUUGUGUCGUCACCAGCGGGCUCUCCAAGGGUGACAUUGUACGGAGAACUACAAAAAGUUGAUGAGAGCAAUACCGAUAUCGCGGCUUUAGAGAAGUGUUUCCUUACUCGGCACCCCGACGCAAAGUGGUGGCUUCCGUCACGGAAAAAUGCACCCCACAAAGCGCAUUGGGUGAAAUUGAAUGUGGACAAAGUACACAUGAUUGGCGGAUUUGGCGAUCGGGCAUUUAUCGGUACCAUAGACGGCGACCUAUACCAACAAACAAAUCCACUUGUCUAA